AUGUCGUUUCUGGACAGCGUGCAAGAGUGGCUCGGUGACGUUGAGGACCAGUUCUGGACAGCACACAAUGAGGUGAUGGAGGCGACCGGCGCUCGCGCCUUUGUUGAUGCUGCCGCCGCGUCCUCGCUCAGCAUUGGCUCCCUCGCGGAGGGAUUCCGGCGGGAGAUAUACAACUUCUACACGGCAGUGAACUGGUCAGAGCCGUUUUUUCGCUACCUCGGGGCCUUUCACGUCGUCGUGUGGGUGGCCGCCAUCACUGCGACGUGGGGCGCUGUCUCUGACGAACGCAUCAUGACCGUAUGUGCGGUGCUGGGUGUGCUGCUGCUGUCUGGCAUACCGGCAAACUCUUACGCCGGUCGACACGCCGAGUGGCUCUUUCAGGAGCCUGGUGUAAACUACUUCACGGAGGACGGAAUCAUGAUGAUGGUGGCCUACCUGCUGCCUCUGCUGGCCUUGUUGGUGUACUUACAGUUGCGCCAAGGCUACCGCGUUGUGUCGCUGAUGGUGCAGUUGAAGCGUGCCCAGCUGCGCCGCCGAAUGCGGCAAGAAGCGCGGCGCGAGAGCUGCGGCGGCGCUCACGAAGGGGAGGCCGCUGGCGACAGCAAGAAGACGCAGUAG